CCCGAAACCCGAACGGGUAUGGGCAUGUUUUUGUUUUGCUACCCGUUUCUUAUGUAGGUAUGGAUAUGGAUAAAACCAGAACUACUUUAAGUAGGGUAACGAAUAUGCACUAUCCGCCCCCGACCCAACUCGUUGCCAUCCCUAUCCUUAAUCCUAAGUUCUUUUUAUCAAACCAUGACUUUCAAUGAUUUGGUUCGGUUCGUACCAAACUGUUGCACACAUUAUGCCUAACAGUCAGUCGGCUCUUGAUUCCUGAAGCCUUGUCAAUCGGACUUCUGGUUUGGCUAUUUAUUGCUUAACGUGCCAAAGCUAAUAUUUGUGAACAAGAAUUGGGCUGAAAUCCCAGGCCCAAUGUUUCUCGCGAACUCUUUAUAUUGGCCCAUAUAUGUACCACGAGAGGAAAUAAAAGUGCGCUGACAAAUUGAAGCAUUGAUUGAGAGAUGAGAUGAGACUUUGACUUCCCUCCUGGUUCCACUUCCACAUCAAAUUUCCAUGGCGGCUGAAGCUUCCGACCCCGAACCUCCUCCCCAGCUUUCUCCUCCUUUUCUGGAAGUAGAGUGCAAACCUUCGAAGAAAAAGAGACGCUUUGCAGCCGGUACGAAGGCGGGGUUCGCAGUCUCUCUGAUAAACAGGAAGUUGAAUAAUGGGCAACCUCUGGCUUUUGCCAUCGAAGCCAUCAAAGAAGGCGAGGAGCCCGUCAGCUUCGGCCCAGAUGUUGCUCUCGUUGACUAUGGCAAUGGCUGGAAGUUGCAGGCGGUCACUGACCUAGAUUAUCCUCCUCCUGGUAAAAGUGUGAUGCUAGGGGAAAAAUUUCCACUGAUAGCUACAGCAACCCCGCCUCCAAGGGUUCCAGCUGCGGCACCGGAGAACUCUGAUGGCUCGCGUCCAGGAAGAACGACAGUCACAAAGCCUGCAGCAAUUACUGCAGGGUACAUGGCGAAGAUACUGGUUGCCUUCAUUUUGAUCUUCAUGCUGGGGGCAGCUUUCACAAUAGCUCUGGAGAAUCUUCCUAAGCUAAUACUGAUGCUCAACUCCAUGUAAUCUGGUGCCUUCAAAUUUUGUGCUUUACUUUCCCUUUUUUUGGUUCCUUGAACAAGGAGGAACCUUCAUGAGUGUACCUUAAAAUAAGGAGACAACAAUGUAGUAAUACCGUGUAAAUUAUCUUGCUUUUACCCCACGACUCCUGAAGGUGGAACUCAACUUGAAACAAAACAAAGCUUAAAGCAUAGAAUUGUUUGAAUUUUCCAUUACAUAUUACAUGGUAUAUGUAUGUAUAUGUCCACGAGACCACAACAGUUUCGAUUCAUUUAUUCAAACAACUAAUUAGAAUCCACAUUAAGGCCCUUGCCCUUACUGUAUUCAAGCAUCAUACCAUGAGAUAAUCACCUUCGCUUGUCAUCGAACCAUCCAGUCAAGAGAGCCACAACAGGUUCAUUGUUGGAAUGGUACUGGUUGUUGCACUCAGAUGGACCGCCUCCACUCCCACCUUUCUCGCGAAGUUGUUCCAUAUUAGAGUCGCCGUGGUUGGGUAGUGACGGUGGAUCAAGGUGGUGUAUUGCUCACCUUUCUUGCAGCAGUCGGAUUCCUCAGCUUGGUUUGUAUUGCCUCAGGGUGGUGUUUCCCUGCGAUGAACUCACUUGGCCUGCAUUGCUGCGCUUCGAUAGAGGCAAUGAACACAAGGUGAUAAA